AUGUCCCCCCUGUCCCUCACCCUCCCCCCCGGUUUGAGCCUGUGCUCUGCUCUCUAUAUCCUCACCCUGUUGCUCCCCGAGGCUCGAGCAAACAGCCUGAACACGACCAAUCAGCACAAUGGAGGGGGAUCCCAGUGCGGAGAGUACACUAACCAGGUGAUGGAGGAUGGGAUGUGCCGGCUGGUGGCCACGCUGCCUCAGCUGGAGGGACAGAAGUGCCCGGACAUGUUUCGCUGCACAGAUGAGGUCUCCUUCUGGCUGCAUGAGAACGAGGAGAGGAAGCAGCAGAUUGUGACGCUGAAGGAGACCAUUUCUGAGCUGCAGGAGGAGCUGAGGAACCACCGGCACCGCAUCAGAGUCCUCGAGCUGCAUGGUGGAGAGAGGAGCCCAACAAAUUCCUCCUUAGAGGAGCGUUUUCAUGAGUUGGAGCAUCACUUUUCUGAAACCAACACCCUGCUGCACCUACAGGGCACUCUGAUCCUAGACCUCCAGAACCAGCUGCAUAACCUGACACUUUUGCUGGAUGAUGUUAAAAAAAGCCCCGGGUGCUUGGUCAACAUGGUCCGCCCCAACCCGCUGAUGAGUGCCCAACAAGCUCCUCAGACAGAGUAUCAGCAUGUGAGAAACUGUCCAAUAGACUGUGCUUCCAUCUACUACAAUGGAGUGAGGAGAUCAGGGCUCUACACAGUAGUGCCAUUCUUGGCCGGCGUACCUGUGCAGGUCUAUUGUGAUAUGGACACAGAUGGUGGGGGCUGGACUGUGAUCCAGCGGCGCAUUGACGGCUCAUUGAGCUUUGACCGCAGCUGGAGGGACUACAGGGACGGUUUUGGUGACCUGCACUCAGAGUUCUGGCUGGGAAACAACCACAUACAUGACCUGAGCACCCAGGGAGACUACAGCCUCCGCAUCGAGCUGGAGGACUGGAGCAACAGACACAAACAUGCCCUCUACCAGAGCUUCAGUGUGGAAGAUGAGGAGCAUCUGUACCGUCUCCAUGUGUCAGGCUUCAGUGGGACAGUGCAGGACUCUUUCAGCUGGUACCACGACAAGCAGGGCUUCAGCACCCCCGACAGUGGCAACAUCUGUGCAGAGAUCUCCCACGGCGGCUGGUGGUACAACCAGUGCUUCUACGCCAACCUAAAUGGCGUCUACUACAGGGGAGGCGUUUACACUCCUAAAGGCCUGGGGCCACUGGGUCCUGAUGGGAUCGUUUGGUACUCCUGGAAAGACUCUGACUAUUACUCCCUACACAAAGUCAGCAUGAUGAUCCGACCUCACUCUUUCAGAGCACGUUUGUCACCAUGACCCACCGUGGCCAUGACAACAGUGAGGAGAGAAGAGCAACCCCGGAAGUAAUGUCUGCAGAGCCAUCUCACCAGGGAUGUUUUUAUUGACAGAGCUCAUCAUGAAGGAACUGAAUGCCACUCAUGUCAACAAAGAAGGACCUCUCUUCUGUUACCUCUGAACUACUCUACCUACAGAUCUGGCUCUAUAUCCUCAAAACUGUUUUUCUGCUGCGUAUUUUUGCAAACACAAACUUUUUCACAAACGAGUUCUGUAAUGUUCCUGGAAAUUUCUCAUUGAGUCAAUGUGGAGUGAGUUCUUCCUUAUUUUCUACUUCUAUUUUGUACUUUAGUUUGAUACUUUAACACUUGACAAACUCUUAUCAAUACAGUUUAAAAUGGUACGAUGUGUUGACAGAGGAGGCCUGUGCAGCUGGCAAGAAGACCAUGUUUAUUGAAGGAUCUGCAGUUGUAUGAUUAUCCAACUGUAGUCAUUUUAAAUUGCAGCCAACUAUAAGCUAUAUCUAUUGUGUAAACUGUUAUUGACAUAAAAAGGGUUUGAAUACUUUAAAGGACACUGAAUUAUAUUAGAUAUAAUAACCCUUUGAUAUGAUAAGUGCUACUGUCUAACAGUAUAGUCAGGCAGAGAAGAUGU